ACCAUGUGAAUGGAACUGCUUUGUUUUUGACUAAAAUAAUUGCUCUUGCACAAGUCAAUGAAUUAAGGAUAAAACUGGAAGAGAAAAUGAACCACAGGGAUCCAACCUCUCUGCCGAGAUCAGUUAAAACAACAGCUUGUUGAAAGCAAAGCUCGCUUCCGGCUUAACCAAGAUGGCUGACUCUGUCAUCUCUCUUGUCAUUGGGAGGAUUGUUGAUCUGCUGAAAAAAAAUUCUGUUUUCCUGAAAGAUGUUGAACGACAAGUUGAAAGACUUGGAAAUGAUCUGGAGUGGAUGCGGUGUUUCCUGAAGGAUGCAGAACAGAGGCAAGAUGAAGAUGCCAGGAUCCGCAACUGGGUUUCUUUAGUCAGAGCUGCUGCCUACGAUGCGGAGGAUGUCAUUGAGAUCUUUGCCAGCAAAGUUGAGUUCUUCACAAAGGACAACGGACUCAUCACCAAAUUGACGUAUUAUCCCUUGAAAAUUGUGAACCUCUACAGGAUAGGUAAAGAGAUUGAAUCCUUGCGGAUCAGGCUUAAGGAGAUUGCUGACAGCCGCGAAGAGUAUGGUAUCAAUAAUCUUGGAGAGGGGAUCACUACACAUGGAGAAGAGCUUCAACGGAUCCGGCGAUCCUCUCCUUUCAGCGAGGACAAGGAUAUAGUGGGCUUCGAGAAGAUUACAAAAUUUCUGGUGGCAGAGCUUAUGAAAGAGGACAGAAACCGCCGUGUGGUUUCAAUCGUUGGCAUGGGAGGUGCUGGUAAGACAACUCUAGCCAAAAAAGUUUAUAACCAUGCUGAUGUCAGGGCAAGAUUCAAUUGCCGUGCUUGGGUCUGCGUCUCUUCAAGCUACGAUCACAAAGAGGUGCUGAGAUCAAUCAUAAAGCAAUUGAAUACAAUAAGUAAAGAGCUACUUGAAGUGUUGGAAAAGAUGGAAGAGCAAGACUUGGAACAAAGGCUGUAUCAAGAUCUACAAGAUAAAUGUUAUCUUGUGGUGCUUGAUGAUGUAUGGAAGGAAGAAGCGUGGGAUUGUCUUGCUAGGGCCUUCCCUGAUGUUAAUACAUCAAGUAGAUUGCUACUUACAAGUCGCAAUAGGGGUGUUCCCUUACACGCAGAUGCUCUUAGCAUCCCAUAUGAGCUGAAAACUUUGGGGCAGGAAGAUAGCUGGCAGUUGUUCCUCAGAAAAGCCUUAGGCCAUGGGGAUAAUGCUGGGUGUCCUCCAGAUUCGGAAGAAGUAGGCAGAGAGAUUGCAAGGAGAUGUGGUGGUCUGCCACUGGCCAUCACGGUUAUAGGUGGGCUGCUACUGACAAAGAAAAGGUUGAAGAGUGAAUGGGAGAAAGUUCUCAACAGCUUCAACACAACCCUAUCAAGGAGCCAGAGUGGAGUAUCAGCAAUUCUGGAAUUAAGUUAUGCAGAUCUUCCUGCCAAUCUGAAAUUUUGCUUUUUGUAUUUGGGUUUGUUUCCCGAAGAUUACGUGAUUUCUGUGCGCAAGUUGAUCCAUAUGUGGGUUGCAGAGGGAAUAAUGCAGAAAAGAUACGCAGAAAAUUUGGAGGAAACUGCAGCAUAUGAUGUGGAACAACUUUUUAGCAGAAAUAUGGUCCAAGUGGCGGAAAUGACUGUUGAUGAGAGGAUUAAAAGUUGCAGAGUCCAUGAUUUACUGCGAGAGCUGGCAAUCUGAAAGGCAGAGGGUGAAAAUUUUUUUCAGAUCCAUGACACCAGAGAUGAUAAAAUAUCAGCCAAAUCCAGGUACCUUGCUGUUCAUAUACUCCCUCGGGAUAAAAAUUAUUUUGGGACUUCGACCCCUCCUCUCCGGUCUCUACUUUUUUUCAAUAUCCACGGUUACAAGGAAGAAAUUAGUCUUAGCUUCAAAAGUUUUAGAAAGCUUAGGAUAUUAGACCUUGAGAAUGUUGAGAUGGGUUAUAAUUUGCCAAAAGAAAUUGGUGAAGUCAGGCUUUUAAGGUACCUCGGUUUAAGAGACAGAUCGAUUACAAGGCUCCCUCAUUCCUUCGGUUGCUUGCGAUACCUACAAACUCUUGACAUACGGAACAUUAAGCAAGUGAUAGUUUCAAAUUUCAUUUGGAAGCUUGAAAGUUUACGGCAUCUAUAUGCGAAUCGCAUAGGAAGUAAUGUGCCUCUCAAGAUUGAAGGAUUGAGGAAUCUUCAGACUCUGUCAGGCAUGCACUUUGAUGAUGUUAUGCACAAUAACAUGAUAACUUUGACGAGUCUUCAGAAACUGGGGAUUAGAGUAGAUGACAGAUCACAGAUAGACAAACUCUGCAUGCAUUUAUCUAAGGUUGGAAGUCUGAAGACGUUACAUCUUUAUUGUACUGAAAGAAGGCCGUGGCUAUCUCUAGCUGGACUUUCUAAGCUCCGUCAUGUAACAGAGCUUAAGCUAUCCGGGGAGUUGAGAAUGCUGCCUCCUGAUUUACCUCGAAACCUCUCUCGCUUGUCUUUGAAACACACACUCCUCAAGGAUGAUCCAAUGCCAAUACUAGGGAAGUUGGGACAGCUGUCGUUCCUCAAAAUGAAAGUUGCAUAUGGGGGAUCACAGCUAGUCAUUUCUAGGCAUGGGUUUCACCAAUUGAAAUUCCUUGAGCUCAACUCCCUAUAUGAUUUGGAUGAAAUAAAUGUGGAGGAAGGUGCAUUGCCACAGCUCCGGUGCCUGAGAAUCGGGAACUGCCGCAAAUUACAGAACUGUCACAUACCCACUCUUGAUGCGCUUGAGCUUGUGGACAUGCGAGAAAAUUUUAUCAGUAGACUUGAUGCGAACAUGGUAUCCAGCGUCCCUAACCUCAGAAUAUUAAACUCUAGGAUCUUGCCGAAGGAACGAUUUCCGUAUUGGUAUUUCGUGCAUAGAAUGCAAGCUAUGUCGUGAAGUGAUUAAUAAAAUUAUUUCAAUUUUUUUUAUCAAAAUAUAUAAAUAAA